AUGGAGACAGACAUGGAAAGGCUGUUCGACAAGGCGGUGGAGGACCGCAAUGUCAAGAUGAUACUCACUGAAAUGAGGCGAGAUCGGUGUCAAUCCGCCGAAGUUCAGAAAUACGGCUGCGACGCCCUCUUCAGGACAGUCCAGCACAACGCCGCGGCCGCGCGGGAAGCCGCCUCGCUGGGUGUCUUUCAGGAUGUGGCGAGCGCCAUCAACGCGUUCUCAGGCCACAUAGAUCUUUGCACCGAAGCCUGCACGGCCGUCUGGCGAAUCAUGCGGGAAGGCGGCUUCUCCAUUUCCCGGGCAGCCCUGGAACAAGGUGCUUUCGACUGCCUAAAGAAGGUUAUGGAUGGCCACCCCGAAGGAUCUGCGCCCAAUGAAUCAGCGCUGCUAGCACUCGAAUGCCUCGCCGACCACGGCUUGAUCAGUUUCGAGCGGUCUCCACAGAUGCAGGAGCUGCAGCAGCAGAAGCACAAGGGAAAGGCGUUUGCAAAGAUCCUCAUCGUUCCAGAGCGCGGCUUCUGA